AUGCACUUUUCAAAAAUUAUUGCUGGUUCUGCUUUAUCUUCCGUUGCUUUAGCUGAAUUUCAAAAUGGAACUGUUACUACUCACGUAACUGCUACUGGCUACACUACUUACUGUCCUUAUCCAACUACUAUCACUUUGACUAUUUGUGAAGAAGAAAACAUUUGCACAAAGAGACCAAUUGUUGUUAGUGAACCAACCACAGUAACCGUUACAGAGCCAUGUAUUAUUUCUACUUCCUACGAAACUACCGAAGUCGUUGUCACUACUACUUUACCAAGCAGUCUUUCCCCAUCUAGUGUUGCUCCUGCCAAUGUCACAUCAUUUGAAGGUGCUGGUUCUAAGAACGUUGCUAGUGCUUUAGUUGGUGUGGUCGCUAUUGCUGCUGCCAUGAUGUAA